CAAAAGCCCAAUCCCAGGUAAAAUUAGUUAAGAAAUCCAGGAUUUGUUUUCUUGGAAAAAGGCGCUAAACUGACAAAAACAAAAUAAUAUUCGUUCCUUCCGCUCACCUCCCUGCAUCUCAAGCUUCACCACCUCACUCGCUCCCGCAUUCGAGUGCUCGCUCAGCUCCAGUGGCGGCGAGAUGCGGAGACAGAUCCCUCCCGUCUCCCGCCUCGUCUUCCUCGCGGCGGCUGUCGCGCUGCUCGCCACGGCGCCGGCGGCCGUCGCGGUUAACGUGACGGCCGUGCUCGCGGCGUUCCCGGACCUCGCCGACUUCACGCGGCUGCUGGCGUCCAGCCCCGUGGCCGCGGAGCUCGCCGGGCGGUCGUCGCUGACGCUACUCGCCGUGCCGAACGGCAACCUCCCGCAGUCGGCGUCGGCGUUCGCGGCCGCGUACGGGGCCGACCUCGCCGACGUGCUCCGCUACCACGUCCUCCUCGAGUACCUCGCCCCCGCUGACCUCCACCGCCUCCCGGCCUCCGGGAAGCUGGUCACCACGCUGUUCCAGACGACCGGCCGUGCCCCAGCGGACCUCGGCGCGGUCAACGUCACCACCGCGGGCUCCUCUCUGGCCGUCGUCCGCUCGCCGGCGCCGUUCCCGGGGUCCAACGCCACCGUCCUCGGUGCCAUCACCGCGGUGCCGUACAACCUGAGCGUGCUCGCCGUGGACGGCCUCAUCGUGCCGUCCGGGUUCGACCUCGCGGCCUCCGAGUCCCGUCCCCCGGCCGCGGUCAACAUCACCCGCGUCCUCGCCGACGCGCGCGACUUCAACGUGGCGGCCUCCAUGCUCGAGGCCUCGGGCGUCGCGGGCGAGUUCGAGGCCGACGAGCGCGGCGCCGGCAUCACGGUGUUCGCCCCCACCGACGACGCCUUCGCGGGCCUCCCCGCCGGCGACCGCCUCCAGUCCCUCCCCGCCGCCCGCAAGGCCGUGGUGCUCCGUUUCCAUGUGCUCCACUCCUACUAUCCGCUGGGCUCGCUCGAGUCCAUCGUGAACCCCCUCCAGCCCACCCUCGCCACCGAGUUCAGCAACGCCGGCCGCUUCACCCUCAACAUCACCCGCACCAACGGCUCCGUCGCCAUCGACACGGGCGUCGUCCAGGCGACCAUCACCCGGACCGUCUUCGACCAGAACCCCGUCGCUGUCUUCGCCGUCUCCAAGGUACUCCUCCCCAAGGAGAUGUUCACCCGGACCGACGACGGCGACGAUUCCAUCGUCGCCGCCGCCGCCGCGUCCUCGCCCCCGCCGGUCGCCACGCCACCGGAGGCCUCCGAGAGCGCGCGGACGCCGCCGACGAAGCUCUCCUCCCCGCCCGCGCUGCGCGGCGGGGCGCAGGACUACGGCACGGCAUCGGCGCCGGCGCCGGCGCAGGCAAUCGGGUGGUGGUGUAUAGCAUUGGUGUAUCUACUCCUACUUCCACUACGUCUGGUAUGAGAUCCGGUCGUUAGCUAGCCCAUUGCCAUUGCUCUCAUGCUCAAUUUUUGCCUUGUUUUUGCCUUUUGUUUUCCUUUUCUUUUUCCAUUGCCAUUGUUUUUGGUUUUGGUAGAAUCUGAACACUGGAGAGGAGAAGAAGAUUGAGCUGCAAAAGAGCAGCAUCCUUUUAAGAAAAAAAUGGUUAUUUGCCAUGAUAAGGGAAAUAAUAGUACCAUCCUGUAAAAAUUCGAUCCAAUCAAAUCCAUUCCAUUAUUUUUGUUCGAGUUGUUCUA